GACGACUCCUGUUAUAAAAGUCACAAACCGUCCGAUUUGGAGACACAUUUUGGUCCCGAUCCAUUUUGACACUAUCUACUCCUGACAAAACCUGGUUUACUAAACAGGACAAAAUGGGGAAAAUGUCAGCGACUAUAGUGUUAAUAGUGAUUUUCGCUGUCAUUAUUACUUUUGCACAUGGUUUACCCAAAGAUCUUUACCAGUACAAAUUAAAGAGCUUAGGAGACAUCAAAAGUCCAAGUGACAACUGGAACUAUAGAAGCAUUGACAACAUUGGCGGGGAUAAUAUGCUAAGCUAUAGAGGCAUUGACAGAAUUGGAGGCAACAGCUUAUUAGCCUCUAGAGGAUUAGAUUCUAUUGGCGGCAAUUUUCUAGCUGCAAGAUCUAUAGAUGAUAUUGGUGGUGGUGGUAUUCUAGCUGCAAGAUCCAUGGAUGGUAUUGGAGGUGGUGGCAUUCUAGCUUCAAGAUCCAUGGAUGGUAUUGGAGGUGGUGGUAUUCUAGCUGCAAGAUCUAUGGAUGGUAUUGGGGGUGGUGGGAUUCUAGCUUCAAGAUCCAUGGAUGGUAUUGGUGGUGGUGGGCUUCUAACUGCAAGAUCUAUGGAUGGUAUUGGUGGGGGAGGGCUUCUGGCUUCAAGAAGAUUAGAUUCAAUUGGUGGAGGUCUUUUAGGUACAAGAUCAAUGGAUGGUAUUGGAGGUGGAGGGCUUUUGGCUUCAAGAUCCAUGGAUAAUAUUGGAGGUGGUGGUAUUCUAAGAUCUAUAGAUGGUAUUGGUGGGGGAUUAUUGAAUGCUAGACGUUUAGAUAAAAUUGGAGGCGGUUGGCUUCAUUUGAGAGGCUUGGAUGGUAUUGGAGGUGACAACUUAUUGGCCGAAAGGCGACUGGAUAGAAUCGGGGGUGGCUUUUUGCAUUCGAGAAAUUUGGACGGGAUUGGAGGUAGCAGUAUUUUGGCUGAGAGAUCUAUUGACAAUAUUGGAGGUGGUUUAUUGGAAGCGUGAAAAUAAAUAAUAAAUAAUGUAAAUUUAAAUAA